UCGCGUGUGCUGUGUACUCAUGGCUGCGCAGGCGUCUCCCGAGCCCGGCGGCCCGGCCGGCGACGCGGUGGCCGAGGUGCUGCCGUGUGCUCGGUGGCUGUACUGUGGGGAACCGGAAGAGAAGCAGAGAGCUGUGCUGGUCCAGUUCUCCAACGGGAAACUGCAGAAUGCAGGCAACAUGCGCUUUACCUUGUACCACAGCAACGACUUAGUGAACCCCAGAAAGAGGAGCCAGCGGAUCCUGGCAGCUGAAACUGAUAGACUUUCCUAUGUUGGAAACAAUUUUGGGAGUGGAGCCCUCAAAUGCAACACUCUGUGCAGGCACUUUGUGGGAAUCUUGAACAAGACCUCUGGCCAGAUGGAAGUAUAUGACGCUGAGGUGUUCAGCAUGCAACCUGUAUUUGCUGAUGAAUCAAUUGAACAUGAACGUACUAUGGAGAAUCAGACCAGAACUUUCAGAGAAAAGAUGGAUUCUUGCAUCGAAGCCUUUGGAACCACCAAACAGAAGCGAUCUCUGAACUCCAGGAGAAUGAACAAAGUUGGCAGUGAAUCUUUGAAUCUUGCAGUAGCUAAAGCUGCAGAGAGCAUCAUUGAUACGAAGGGCGUGAACGCUCUGCUCAGUGAUGCCAUGCAGGACGACUUGCAAGAUGACUCACUCUACCUUCCUCCCUGCCACGCUGACGCAGCCAAGCCUGAAGAUGUGUAUAGAUUCGAAGACAUUCUGUCUCCAGUGGAGUAUGAGGCUCUGGAGGGCCCGUCUGAAGCUUUCAGGAAGGCCACAUCUGAAGAAAUACUGAAGAUGGCUGAAGAGAACAGCCACUGCUCCUUCGUCAUAGAAGCGCUGAAAUCUUUGCCAUCAAAUGAGGAGAGCCGAGAUCGCCAGGCAAGAUGCAUAUGGUUUCUAGACACCCUCAUCAAAUUCCGAGCUCAGAAAGUGAUAAAGCGGAAAAGUGCCCUGGGACCUGGAAUCCCCCACAUCAUCAGCACCAAACUGCUGAAGCACUUUACCUGCUUGACCUACAACAAUGGCAGUUUAUGGAACCUAAUUUCGAAUUCCAUGAAGGCAAAGAUCACUGCAUAUGCGAUCAUACUUGCCUUGCACAUAAACGACUUCCAGAUCGAUCUGACAGUGUUACAGAGGGACUUGAAGCUCAGUGAAAAAAGGAUAAUCGAGAUCGCAAAAGCUAUGAGACUGAAGGUCUCUAGAAGGAAGGUAUAUGUGGCAGACGGCAGGGAAGAGGAUCACAGAUUGGGCACUCUGUCCAUCCCACUUCCUCCAGCCCAGGCCUCCAACCGCCAAUCAAAGCGCAAGAAGAUUACCUAGAUGUGCUUUCCAUGGGAGGCAUUUUAGCUACAUCACAGCCACUUCUGUUCACUUCCCUUUUCAUUCUUUAAAAGAGGAAGGCUAACUGUAAUCUUGUAGUCUCUUCACAUGGAUGAAGCGGGAAGAUUGCAAGUUCCAGGCCAGCCUGGGCAACAUCAUGAAACUGCCAAAAUUACCAAAGAAAACUUGCUUGCUUUGGCAUGGGGUGUGAAGCCAGAAGCCAGCAUACCAACUGUGCCUUUUAUGCAGAAGUAUAGUGAUGGCCACUGUGGACUUCAUUUCUGUCCUUUGGCAUUGCUGUAUUUGUAAAUGGCAGGUGUUUCUCGUGUUGGUCAUAUGUGUGGGAUUUGGGAGGGUCAGGUGUGGGAACGUCAAAAUCAAAUGAUAUUACCAAGCUUAUCUGUGAACUGACUUUAAUGGAUGAAGGUUUAUACUGGAAGGACCAGUGGAGUAGGUAGCUUCUCUAGCCCAGCAGGACUGGGAGAGGAAGCUUCCAGCUUGAUUAGAAACUAGUUGAGUGUGAGUUGUCAAAUGAUGAGGGUGAUAGAACAGGCUAAUUUACAGCCUGCUCAAAUGUGGGACCAACUGGUAAAGUGAUGGCCACACCUUUUCUGCCUGGCUCAUGCCACUUACAGGGCCAGCCAAGUGGCAUGAAUAGGGGAUGAAUAUGAUGU